AUGCUACUGUCAGUGCUGUUACUGCUCCCUGUGUGGAUCCAUGGGGGAGCGUCAGUGUGCCGGCUCCACGGCUUUGUGCAGCUGCCGGAACUGGCCCAGGAUGGAGACCUCAACAUUGGGGGCAUCUUUUCAUUCCGGACAGGGCAGGAACAUGUCGUUGACACGUUUGAAAGUUUGCCAGAAAUUCGAAAAUGCAUGAACUUCAACUUCAGAGAAUUUAAAUUUGCUCAAACAAUGAUUUUUGCAAUUAAAAAGAUCAACCAAGAUGCCAGCAUUCUCCCCAAUGUAACUUUGGGCUGGAGGAUAUACAACAGCUGUGGUACCAUGGACAUACUCAGGGCUGGGCUGGCAUUGAUCAGCCACUUUGCCACAUGUGCCUGUCUCACCAACCGCAAAAUGUACCCCACGUUUUACAGAACCAUUCCCAGUGACUAUUACCAGAGCACAGCCAUAGCCAAGCUCAUAAAGCACUUUGGUUGGACGUGGAUAGACGCAGUACAGUGCUUACAAUGUCCCCCUGAAUUCUGGUCCAAUGAGAAGCGAGAUGCAUGCGUCCUUAAAGGUGUGGAGUUUUUAUCCUACAGUGAACUGCUGGGCCACCUUUUGGUCCUAUUUGCGUUGAUGGGAUGGUUUCUGACGAUGAUUGUGACACUGAUCUUCUACUGCCACAAAGAAACUCCUCUGGUUAAAGCCAACAACUCUGAGCUGAGCUUCCUGCUGCUCUUCUCGCUGAGCCUGUGCUUCCUGUGCUCUCUCACCUUCGUGGGACGUCCCUCUGAGUGGUCCUGCAUGCUGCGCCACACUGCGUUCGGCAUCACCUUUGUCCUCUGUAUCUCCUGUGUUCUGGGGAAGACUAUAGUGGUGCUCAUGGCCUUUAGAGCCACACUCCCAGGCAGUAAUGUCAUGAAAUGGUUCGGGCCUCUUCAGCAGAGACUCACUGUUGUAGGGUUUACUCUGAUACAGGUUCUGAUCUGUGUCCUCUGGUUAACAAUAAACCCUCCCUUCCCUUUUAAAAACAUGAACCACUAUAAAGACAGGAUUAUUUUAGAGUGUGCAUUAGGGUCUCCUAUUGGCUUCUGGGCAGUUCUGGGAUACAUAGGCCUGUUGGCUUUGCUGUGUUUUGUGUUGGCGUUCUUGGCUCGUAAACUUCCGGAUAAUUUCAACGAGGCCAAGUUCAUCACCUUCAGCAUGUUGAUCUUCUGUGCCGUCUGGAUCACGUUUAUCCCGGCUUACGUCAGCUCUCCAGGAAAGUUCACCGUCGCUGUGGAGAUAUUUGCUAUUCUCGCCUCAAGUUAUGGAAUGCUCUGUUGUAUUUUCAUGCCAAAAGUAUUCAUAAUUAUGCUUUAUCCAGAGAAGAACACAAAGCGUCACAUAAUGGGAAAGACUCAGACUUAUAGACGUUAA